AUGACAUCCACAGCCCUCUCCACAAGCCAGCAUUUCGACUCCCUCAAAUCCCGAAUCAUCUCCCUCGCUACAGCACUCUAUGGCACCACCACCACCCCAACAACAACCUUCGACGUGCUACCCUUCAGUACCCCACGCACCACACCCAACGGAACGCCACUAAACCAACACACCCACGGCGCCGCACUAAUCUACUACACCGGCCCCGCUGCCUCGCCCUACACAUCAUGGGAAAUGCUAUCCUACGCAGACGCUCAGCCUUCCGUAAAUGCGGGCGCGCAGCAAUUAUUGGAUGAUAUGCAGAAAGGCAUUGGUGACGUAAUAGGAGGGCUGGUGAAGAGCGGGGACUGGGCGGUAAGGCAUAAGACGGUUCCGGAUCUGGCGGUUGGUGAGCAGCAUGGCGAUGGAGGGGGCGGGGAGGGGUAUAGGGAGGAAUUAGGACAGAGGAGAUGGGAGCAGGCGUUUGGGGGGAUUGAGGAGGAAGAGGAUGAGCGGAGGGGGCAUGGUGGAUGA